AUGGACCCAGUGCCGCUGGAGCCUAGCAUCUUCUUCUCCAAACUCCCGAGAGAGCUUCGCGACCAAGUCUACGAGUACGCCUUCUGGUGCUCAUCGAGUCGGGACUCAACGGGCAUCCUUCCUUCAUACGAGCUCGCUGCCCCUCUCCUCACGUGCCGCCAAUUCUACAACGAAGCCAACGUCAUUGCAUUUGCGAACAUCGAUUGGUGCAUCAACUGGGCUCGAGUGCAUCGGGAGUCCGCAUGCUCGCAACACUUGUCUGAUUCUUGUGAUGUCGGUGGGAUAGCUUCGCUCCGUAGCCCAAUGGAUCUGACGGUCAACAAGAUGAUUGAACGCGCCGGACUAUUCAGCGAGCAGCGCACUGCUUUGCGCUACUUGACGAUUGCAGACUUUUGGUUCGACUUCACGGUUGCAUUGCAAGCAUUGCGGCCAGAAAACCCCGUCCUCUAUCAUCUCUUGCAUAAUUUUGGCAGGCCAGCACGCGGGAUUGUCACUUAG